AUGCAAACUCAUCCAAACGGUGAUUUACCAGUAGCUUAUUUAUCAAAAAAAUUUACAACAACACAAAUGAAUUGGCCAGUAACAGAACAAGAAUGUUACGCAAUUAUAUGUGCGAUCGAAAAAUGGCAUAAAUAUUUAGAUGGACGUUCAUUUAUCAUUGAAACAGAUCAUAAACCAUUAUUACCAUUUAAUUUAAAACAACAAUUAAAUUCAAAAUGUGAACGAUGGCGAUUAAAAUUACAACAAUAUCAAUUCACCAUUCGGUAUAUUAAAGGAAAACAUAAUACAGUAGCUGAUUACUUCUCUCGUUCACCAGUCGAUAAUGGAACAAACGAUGAAGAUGAUUAUAUUCCAACAAAAAUCCAGAGCAACACAAACUGA